UUCGCCGCCGCCGACCAACGCAUUCCGAUCCAGCCCAGCAUGGCGGCAACGCGUCGCUCCCUCUACAGCCUCCCCAGUGUUUGCUGCCUCCUCGCUGGAACCAUCCUGUCCCUGCCAGGAAAUGGGCAGAAUUUAUCAACAACCCCACCUACCGCGCUUCCCCACAGUGAGGCUGGCAGCCUCGGUUCCUGGACAAUUGUCCCCCCUACUGUCAUCAGUGAGGACGGCAAUAUCACAGGUGCUUCACAGUUAAAUGCCAGCAGCUCCAGCCCACCUGAAACACUGGCUCCUAUCACACUCAGCUCCUUGAAAACCACAACAAGACUACAGACUACAGGCCAUCUUGCUCAUAGUAGCGUUGACUUCCCUUCCCUUUCUACUCCUACUGCAAACUUCAUGGAAACUAACAAGUCUAGCCAGUAUGAUGCAGAACCCAGCAAUACUACAUCUUGGGUUAUUUCCAGCACUAACGGCAUGACUACAGAAACCCCUCACUCAGAGGAGACGCAAGGACCAACAGCUACUCACCAGCCAAAGUCUUCCAUAUUCAACACCUUGGGGCCUACUGAAAGGAGACCAGAACCCAUGCUAGUGACAGAUCAUGAAGUUGUCACAGAGGAGAGCACUGCUGAAUCCACAACAGCUCUAAGUGCUACUGUUACUGAUGGACGAACACUCACACGGAAUGCAUCUAGCACUACCACACAAACAUCUGGGGUUCUCUCCUCCACGCUCAUAUCUAAGGGAGUCCCACCUGCAGAAACAGAACAACCAGUUAACCAUGUACAAAAGAUAGCUGAAGCUGAUGGGGAAGAUUUGCCCAGUAUUCCAGAAGCCAGCCCUGUUGGUGAGGAUCCUCUGGUGGUCGCUCUUAUCUUCAUCUUCAUUGCAACAGCAGGGAUCCUGGCUCUUAUGGGCUUUUUGAGGUAUCGCCAGCGCAGCGGUCGGCCACAGUUUCGGCGACUUCAAGAUUUGCCGAUGGAUGACAUGAUGGAGGACACACCUCUUUCCCUCUACAGCUACUAAGCAAGCGGAAGACAGUCUGCAUUCAGAUUCUGACAAGUCAAAGGAGGGACAAAGCCUGCAAAGGAACCUGACUGGGAAGAGAUUCCCCUGUAAGGGUUGAGAGCUGCUGUACUAAUUUGCACAUGACUUAUACCGAUGUGAGUCAGAUGACUUAGUUUAUAAAGACACCUUUUAAUGCUUAGUUUUGGGAAUUGGAGCCAAACCUUUCCGUGAUACCUCUGAACUCUCUGUGCUUGGAGGCACACAGCUCUGGGGAAAAGAGCUUCCUGCAGGCUUUCAUUUGGGGGGCAAUGGAGGCUGCACCUGAAUUCUAAGGAGCUGCACUGCCAGGACACACAAGAGGAAAGUGAAGUAAGUCAGCCUAGUAGCAGCCACGGAGUGUGUUACUUGUGAAUGGAAAUGCAACCCAACUGUGAUUUGGAAGCC